ACGAUGUCCAAUCAGCGGAGACAGGGGGCAGGCUGGGAUUUUAGGCCUUUAAAAAACCCGCUUCCCGCUUUAUGCUACACUUCAAACCGAAGAAUACUUAACCAUGGCAAGAACAAAGCAAACUGCUCGCAAAUCCACCGGAGGUAAAGCUCCGAGGAAGCAGCUCGCCACCAAGGCUGCGCGUAAAAGCGCACCAGCUACCGGUGGCGUGAAGAAGCCUCAUCGUUACAGGCCCGGUACCGUGGCUCUGAGAGAGAUCCGUCGUUACCAGAAGUCCACUGAGCUGCUGAUCCGCAAGCUGCCCUUCCAGCGUCUGGUCAGAGAGAUCGCUCAGGACUUCAAGACCGACCUGCGCUUCCAGAGUUCUGCCGUCAUGGCUCUUCAGGAGGCCAGUGAGGCUUACCUGGUCGGUCUGUUCGAGGACACCAACCUGUGCGCCAUCCACGCCAAGAGAGUCACCAUCAUGCCCAAGGACAUCCAGCUGGCCCGUCGCAUCCGUGGGGAGCGUGCUUAAGUUCAUUCUUCACUCCAGAAAUCUAAAGGCUCUUUUAAGAGCCGCCAAAC